AUGAAGCAUCUUACCUUGUCCCUGUUGGCAGUAGCGUUGCUCUCGUCAUUGGGAAGCUCUCUGCUUUAUGGUUAUAAUCUGGCUGUAGUUAAUUCUCCUGCGCUAUACAUUAAGGACUUUUAUAACCAAACCAUUGUGAGACGUUAUGGGUCAGGAGUGGAUGAAGAGCAUCUUACGCUUUUCUAUUCAAUCACUGUGUCUAUAUUUGCCAUUGGAGGCUUGCUGGGCUCUCUCACAGUAGGAAUACAGGUUACCACAUUUGGAAGGAAAGGGACGCUGAUACGCAGCACAGUUCUGGUGUUUGUAGGUGGAGGGUUGAUGGGCUUCAGUCGGUUAUGUGGCUCACCAGAAAUGAUUAUUAUCGGUCGCUUCAUUACAGGAAUACAUUCAGGGAUAUCUCUCAGCGUUGUGCCCAUGUUUCUUGGAGAAAUUGCUCCAAAGAAUCUCCGUGGAUUCCUGGGACUCAUGCCCAGCAUUUUCAUCUGUUUGGGUGUAUUUAUUGCUCAGGUUCUGGGGCUUCAUGAGAUCUUAGGCAAGGAAGAGUUCUGGCCUUUGUUACUCUCUCUUGUCAUAUUGCCCACAUUCAUACAGCUCGUCUUCUUGUCAUGGUUCCCAGAGAGUCCAAGAUAUCUUUUGAUAGAAAAGCAGAACAUUCAUGCCACAAUCACAGCGUUGAAGUGGUAUCGUGCUAAGUGUAACAUCCAGGCUGAGGUGGAGGAGAUGCAGGAAGAGCAGCGAACUUUGACCUCAGUGAAGACGGUCUCAGUAUUACAGCUCUUCAAGGAUUCGUCCGUGCGCUGGCAACUUAUCACCAUCAUUGUGGUCAAUGCGGGAAUGCAGCUGUCGGGAAUCGAUGCGAUCUGGUUCUACACCAAUUCAAUCUUUGAGAAUGCCGACAUUCCUGCUCAUCAGAUCCAGUAUACAACAGUAGGCACAGGAGCUAUAGAAGUCAUCGCUGGACUCAUAGGUUGCUUCAUUAUUGAGCGUGUUGGCAGGAGGCCGCUAAUGAUUGCUGGUUUUAGUUUUAUGUGCAUUUGUUGUGCUGGAAUUACUUUUUCACUUCAGUUACAGACUCAUGUGUCCUUCAUGCAUUAUAUCAGUGUGAUCUGUGUGGUUGGGAUUAUUGCUGGAUUCUGUAUAGGGCCUGCCGGUGUCCCGUUCCUGUUGACAGGAGAGCUCUUUAAACAGUCUCAUCGACCUGCUGCCUACAUUGUAGGAGGAUUUCUUAACUGGAUAUCAAACUUCACUGUGGGCUUUGUAUUUCCAUUCCUACAGAUGUCAGCUGGUGCUUUCUGUUAUCUGGUGUUUUGUGGUGUGUGUGUUGGUGUGGCGCUCUAUGUCUACUUUGUUGUCCCUGAGACAAAAAACAAAACUUUUGUGGAGAUCAGUCAGAUGUUUGCCUUAAAAAAUAGACGUGAAAUUGAAAAAGAGCCCCUGGCUAUCGCUGACCAACUCAGUCUUAAAAAGAUGAAUGGAUAUGGAAGUGUUGUGCCUGCAGAUCUGGAGAAAUCGUCUUGAUGUUGUACGCUGUGAUCUGAUGCUGCUAAAUACUGCUGCUCACAAUGACAUCAAAAUCUGAGAUUAUUUUUGUUAUGCUUUCAACUAU